AUGGACGAAAUUGAGGAUCUGUGUGGCAAUUUGCGAUUAACUGAGGAAGAGGAAAUAAUAGUUGAAUGCUCUUCUGGUAGUGAAGAGGAAGUUCUACGGAAGGGUGCAAGGAGAUUGGUUGUGAAGAUUUGUGCAAAUCGGGCUGUAGGGAAGGAAGUUGUUGCAAACACAAUGAGGAAAAUAUGGAGAAUUAGCAAACGGGCCAGUUUUCUUGAAGUUGGCAAGAACGUUUUUAUAAUCACCUUUGCAAAUCAUGCAGACAGGCAGCAUGCGCUCGAAGGAAAGCCAUGGCUUUUUGAUAAUUUUCAAUUUAUACUGAAGUUGUAUGAGGGUGAUCUAGAGCCUGGCAAGAUGAAGUUUAAUGUGGAAUCCUUCUGGGUGCAUAUUUUCAAUCUACCGUUGGGCCAUAUGACUAAGGACUGGGGAGAGCGUACUGGGCAGUCUAUGGGGAAAGCUCUUGACGUUGAUGUAGAUGAGGGUGGUAUCGGAUGGGGGAAGUACUUGAGAGUGCGGGUUGAGUUAAAUUUGCAUAAGCCUACAGCAUCAGGUCGAAUCGUCAUGGUGCAAGAUAAAAAGAUUUGGUUGACUUUCAAAUAUAAGAAACUCCCACGAUUAUGCUUCGUUUGUGGAUGGAUUUUGAAUGGUGUUGAUGGGUGUUCUGUGGCUGCUGAUACUGAUUGCUUCGGGCUAAUGCCAAUUAUAAAUGUAGGUCUUCAUUCUCAAACAUUGACGUAA